AUGAGCAAACGAUCAAAACUAUCCCUUAAUGCUGCAAAGAACAUUCAUCGUGGUAGCACCAUCCUUGAACAAGGCGCUCUGGCAGAGAUUGAAGCUAACCGUGAUCGGAAGGCUUGGAACCCCACCUUUGCUGAGGGCAUAGAGCAUAUCUACCAAAAGACAUCAAAGAGGGGUUAUAAACUCACACAGAAAGUGGUCGACAACCCCGUAUCCUCAUCGAUCAAUCCUAUGGUCAUUGUUCAAAGUAUGAAAUACCCUGGUGCAGCGUCUGCCGUUACCAAAAGAGCCAACAAGCUGUCUUCGGAGUUGCAAGUGAAUCCAAUAGAAGGGGACUAUGAAGAUGAUCGGUCUCUAUUUCUCGAUGCUAGGGACCAAAGCAGAUCAUGGAUACUGAAGUAUAUGGGUUGGCAGAGAAAGAAGGAAAAAAGGUUAGGGAUCAACCAACCAGGCCUUGAACCAUACCAACCUCCACGGGAUCCCCAAAGCUCUUCUUUGCUGGUUCCAGUCCCUUACAAUGUCAACUAUCCGAUGAACCAGAGCGGUGGCACAGCUGCCGGUGGCCAUCAGCAAUACCAGCAGGUACUGCACCGAGGCCAACGCGAACUUUCUACGUGUCCAACCCUGACUCUUCACGACACAGUCAGUCUGACACGAGCUCUUCUUCAAAUUCACAUCGUCACUCAGGGCACCACCAAGCCGGUUCCUCCGGCGGUGCACCCUAACGUUGGUUUCAACGGUCAAUCUGGACCUUCCAACUUAACGCCAACAGUGUCAGCAGCCACCAUACUGCAACCCACUUUACCCACCUAUGCUGUAUACGACCCUAAUGGGCCGCCGAAUUAUUGGAUUCCCCGUGGGAUAAACCCUAUACCGCAUUUCUUCCCUGCAACGACACACAUUUGUCAGAUCCUGUCCAUCGGCCGUCAAUUCACUUCGGCCCAUCCUAUUCAAAUGAAAUUCGACUCGUUACUCUAUCAUCCGGAUAGGGCUGUAACCAUAUGUUUUGCUCCUCAAUGCUCCAAUAACAUCGGGAUCUCUCAACUGUUUGAACGUGAAAGAGCACCUACUUCUUGCUGGGCAGGACAGAUAGUCCAAACGUCCGCGGCAGCAAAAACUGAACAGACGCGACAUCAUUCGAUCGCGCCGGCGAAGAUACUGACUGAAAACUCACACGGAAGUGUUACAUUUAAUUCCGUUCAAUUUGGUGCUGGCUGCUACUAUUCCAUAGAUAAUAUCGAAAGACGCACGAAUGGAAUAGCCUAA